AUGAAUGAUUUAAAGGACCAGCUGAGGAUAAUUGUCAGUGACUUGAACAAACUGUCUGAGGAAUUAGAAUGCCGUGGUAUAGAGCGAACAGCAGCAGCUGGGGUGAUACGGACGGCAGCCACACAAAUAUCACAGGCCUGUGGAUGUUCCGAUACACCAGACCAUGCCCCGCGCCCGGUUGACCUUCCAACCGCGAAGAGAAAGAGACACACGUCUGUGAUUCCUACAAAUAGUGAGGACAACUGUAGUGACAGUUCAGCGUACGGUCUCUCCGUUAGACCAUGCGAUAGAGAAUCACCUUGUCGUCAGGAGGAGUCUUACCAAACAGUAUUACGAGAAAACCAUGUGGAUUUAAUGAACGACUUACAGUUGGAUUCGACACAACUGCUAGACCAAUUGGUUGAGGAUGAAGUUAUGUGUGUAGCUGAUGCAGAGUCGCUGCGACGUAUACGCAAUAGGAGGGAAAAGACAAGGACAUUACUCACACAACUGGCGGCAUACGGACCUAAAAAGUAUGAUAAAUUCAAAAACGCCCUUCGCUUUUCUCACCAACAUCUGUUUAAGAAACUCGUUAAGACUGAAUCUAAGCACCAAGGCAUAUUGCCUGCUGAAGAGUGUGUAGCCUGUAAGAUUGCUCGGGACGUUGACAUCAAAGAUGUCGUAGAUCACCUAUACAUGGCAGGAGUCCUUUUACGGGAGGAUCUGCAGAACGUACUUCAAAGGCAUCGUCGCAGAGAAUCAUGGAUUAUUAUCUUUAAAUGCAUAAAAACUAACAAAGGUACUGGAAUCGAUGUACUCUGGAAGAGUUUGAAACACAUAUACCCAGAUAUUGCAGAGGCUGUCAAGAAAGAAACAGACUACAUCAAAUGUCACUGUAGGAAACCUGUAGUAAAUGAAACAGACAACACGAACCAAUCGCAAUUGUCCAUAAGCAGGACAGCAUCUGGACCAUAUACUGUCAUAGACAAUCCCUACAUGUCUCUGCCGCACAACUGCAUUAUGGCCAAAGACUCGUGUGAACAUACGUACGAACAAUGUGACGAUGUUAGCGAUCAUUUCAAAGAAAAUUUAUAUUAUAAUGUAAAUAAGAUCGGAAGUGAGUUACAAGAUCCACAUUAUGAAAACGGUGAACUACAACAGAAGACUUUCGAAGUGUGUCAAACGAAAGAUGUUGGGAUUGACGGAAAAUAUACACGCAGUUAUUCCUGGGAUAAUGGGAUGUAUUAUCAUAGUAUGGAGAAUAUCAGUGGUGAGGAAGAUCCUACAUACUUACAUCCAUGUGAUGUGGACACCCUACCUUGUCUCACUGGAGACCGAAACCGUGAGUGUGUAUCACCAGGGAAUGAUGAGAGCAUCGAGAGUACCAUAGUAAGACGUGGGGCAUUCAGACGUAAAUGUGGAAGAGAAUCCAAAUAA